GUAUUCACUGUCGAACGUUUCAAAUGCAGUUUUUAUGCGAAUAAUAUAUUUUUUGAAUACGCUUGUGAAUAAAAUGUAUGUUUUAUUUCAUUAAAUUAUACACGAUAUAUAAAAUCUAAACAAUAGGUUUCGCCUAUUCGGCGAGUGAAACAUUUAUUUAUUUAAUUUUUUAUCUCAAGAAGAAUUGGAGCGCGAUCAUGCAAUUAUUGAACUUGGACGACUACCGAUUCAUUUUAAUCUCGUUGUCAACCGUCAUAUUGUUCAACACGUGUGAUUAUGCCACUUGUAUAGAUGCUUCAACAAAAAUUAAAGAGUUUGGAUAUCCAUUGGAGACGCAUGAAGUGUGGACCGACGAUAGAGCUCAUUUAGGCUUAGAACGAAUACCGCAUAAUGGCAACAAAGUUAUCGGAAAACCCGUUCUAUUAAUGCACGGACUUUUUUCAGAUUCAUAUAUAUUCGCAGCUAACAAUUCGUCACUCAGUUUUGUAUUAUCGGAUGCUGGUUUUGACGUUUGGUUAUACAAUACAAGAGGUGUAGGUCUUUCAAGAACACUAAGUAUUUACAAGAGACCUGGAUCGCUACCAAACAUGAAUAGAAUAUCAUGGAAUUUUAGUUUUCACGAAAUGGGUGUAUACGACAUGACUGCAGUUAUAGAUUUUAUUCUGAAAAAAACGGAAUAUUCAAAACUGGACGUUGUAGGAUACUCCUUAGGAGCAACUAUAGCAUUUGUUUGCUUGUCCGAUAAGCCAGAAUACAACGCAAAAGUCAAUAAACUUGUACUCAUAGCACCGGCGACUAAUUUUAAAACAUCUCCUGUCACUACUUUUUUUAAGCAAUUUCCAAAAAUUGUAUCGAUAAUGCUGAACAGAUUCGAUUUCAUUCCAUACACCGCAGAUCCAGACAGUACGUAUAGCCAAUUAAGAAACAUGUGUUCAAAGAAAAGUGUAUUAAAAAGUUGUAAGAAGUUUAUCGAUUUAUUGGAAGGAAUCGAUUUACCAAUAGAAAAUAGUACAGUUUUAGACAUUGCUUCUGUAUUUCCACAACCAGUGUCAUCUAAAUUAAUGAAACAUUAUUUUCAAGUAGUAAUGAAAGGGAAUCUUAGCCAUUACGAUUAUGGGACUUCUGGAAAUUUGCUACGUUAUAAUAGAAUUAUUCCACCGGAUUACGAUUUAUCCAAAGUUACGGCCCCAACAUUUAUCAUACAUUCAAACAAUGAUUAUCUAACUACGCCAACGGACGUAAAAUGGCUUGUUAAUUUAUUACCGAAUAUUAAGGAAGUGCGUUAUAUCGAUCAAGUACAAUGGGGUCAUCUCAGCUUUAUAUUAAGUCCAAAUAUAAAAGAAAUCAUGAACUUGUACAUAGCAAAAAAAUUAUUAGAUUAAAGUUUAUGAUCUUA